GAUCAAAGAAUAACAUCAAUGAUCUAUUAUGGGAGGAUAAUCAGCAGGCAGUUUUUUGAUGAAGAUUAUUGGCAAGAAAUGAGUGAUUUUGAAAAAUGUUGUUAUGCGAACAAGAAGAAAAAUUAUGAGUUUUUCUUAAACUUAGGUCUCAAGCCUCAAAAACCUCAUUUCAUGAAAAAAGUGAAGAAUCGUAAAUAUCUCAAUACAUUCAAAGAAAGAAAUAGCCCAAAGAAAAAGAUAGAAAAAUCAGCGAAGUUGACUGAGAAAGUUUCAGAAACUGUGCAAGUAAAGAAGAAGAGCUGUGUCGAUUUUCAUCUCAAACAAGUUUCUGACAAUUUCUGCGAAAAAAAUCAAUCAUGUAAAGUUUCCUUUCAAAACUUAGUGCCAAGAACAAAGGCAUACUUAAAGAAUUUGGAAACCUUACAAGUAUUAUUAGAAAGAAAAUUAGAAAAAUUAGAAGGAUUACGUGUACCGGAAGAUAAAGAGGAAGGUCAGAGAUUGACCACUUUGUGGCUGGGGGCCAACUGCCUCUAA